GAGAUAGGCGUCGUAUCGCUCCGAUGUGCUUUGCCAUUUUCAGCUGCACCCCACUCACUGUUAGUGUAUCGCUAGAGUUUGGCGCGCGCGGAAGCCUGAACGCAGACGCUCUACCGUUCUCGAUUGUGGAAUUUUACGAUAUUGUUUUGAAUGAAUUGCUAAUUCCUUUGUCUAGCGAUAAUUUGUGCGAUUUGGCCGUGACCUUCGAUUGAUCGGAAUGUCUCAAACGGACGAGGAUGCCCUGGUCUUAGCCAGUGACGACGACGAGCCAUUGGAAACUGCAGAAUCGCCCACACCAGCCACGACAAGAUGUCUGCCAUCGCUAAUACUGGAGCCCGCCGUGUUUCUGGUAUUCUUCGGCAGAUUUCUAACUGAUGCGGCAUAUCAAAAUCAGAUUCUCUAUCAGACUUGCGUCACUGUCAUGCAACACAAUGAAACCGAGUGCCAGCCGUUUCUGGGCAGAGAUCGUGCCUCGGAUGAGGUCAAAAAAAUCGAAACGCAAGUGCAAGCGUAUGCGGCCACCAUAAUGAUGAUCAAUGCCAUUCUCGAGAGCACCAUUCCCGCCGUUGUGAGUCUGUUCCUGGGCCCCUGGUCGGACAAGUUCGGCAGGCGUCCCAUCCUGCUCUCCACAUUCACGGGAUUCCUGUUGAGUGGCAGCAUUCUGAUCGUGCUAACCCAGAUAUCGGCUGUCACAAACAUCAAUCCCUGGUGGUUCCUGCUCUCCUCUGUGCCGUCGGUGUUUAGCGGCGGCACCUGUGCCCUCAUCACUGUCCUGUACUGCCACGUCUCCGAUGUGGCCACGGAGAGUGCGCGAGCCCUGAGAAUGGUUUCCAUGGAGGCGUCCCUGGGCUUGGGCAUGAUGGCGGGCAGCAUGGCCGGCGGCUACAUAUACGCAGCAGUUGGUGCCGCAACGCUGUUCAUUCUGGCGGGCUCCCUCAUAACCGUAGGCCUGCUCUACAUCAUCUUCCUAGUGCCGGAGAGCCUCAAGCCAGAGGACUUGCAAUCCGAGUCACGGAUACGUGGGUUCUUCCGCUUUGACUUGGUCAAGAAUCUGGUGAUGACCUGCUGCAAGAAGCGUGAGAACUACGACAGAGCCAUCAUCUGGAUGGUCAUGAUGUCGCUCACCAUGUGCAUCUUCGCCAUGGAGGGCGAGAGCACAGUCAACUACAUGUUCGUGCAGAAGCAAUUCAGCUGGACGGUCACGGACUACAGCGUGUUCAACACCUCGCGCAUCGUCAUCCAGGUGGUGGGCAGCACUAUCGCCAUGGUUCUGCUGCGACGAUUGCUCAAGGUCUCGCUCAUAACGAUGACAAUGCUGGCGUUUGCCUGCUGUGUCCUGGAGGGCACUGUGCGGGCGACGGCGCAGUACGGCCAGGAGAUGUACGUGGCCUUGGUGCUGGGCAUGAUACGCGGCGUCAUGAGUCCCAUGUGCAAGGCCAUUCUGUCGCAGCUGACGCCCAGCACGGAAAUAGGCAAAAUAUUCUCGCUUACCACAUCGCUGCAAUCCCUCUCUCCCCUGGGCGCUGCACCGCUCUACGCGGCCGUUUACGCUGCGACGGUGGCCUCCUAUGCGGGCGCCUUCAACUUUAUCAGCGUGGGACUCUACUUUAUGUGCUACUGUUUCUCCGCCAUCGUCUUUGGCAUGCAGAAAUCAAUGGAGAGAAACAGCGCCUAUCAGGCAUUUGGCAGUUGAUUCAGGAACGCAAGCAAAGGAUGAAGCCUUGAGUAUUAAUUAAGCUUAAAGUGAUGCUGCAAGCCAAAGCUUAGAAAUAAGAGAAUUCCCAGCAAAUGAAACGCACAAUUGGCUGCUGUUUUCGUAUCAUUAAAUUCGUUCUACUCGUAA